AUGCCUCCAUACCCGUACCCCUACAAGUUCACCAUCAAUCAAGAAGACAAAUGCUCCAGCCAAAAACCCUUUCUUGUCAUCCUAGUGAUCAGCAGUUGUCACGAUAAGGCAACUCGGACUGCCAUUAGGGAAACGUGGGGAAACGAAAGUAACUAUAUCGGCUUUGAGGUGGUGACAGUUUUUCUGGUUGGAAUUUCUGCUUUUAGAUUCAAGUCUAUUCAGUGGAUGCUGGAAGAAGAGAGCGGAGCUUUUGGUGACAUUAUACAGCAGAAUUUCCUUGAUAGUUAUUACAAUUUGACCAUCAAAACACUAAUGGGCAUGCAGUGGGUGGCAACAUUUUGCCCAAAUGCCAAUUUUGUGAUGAAAAUAGACUCUGACAUGUUUCUUAACGUGGAUUAUCUCAUCCAUCAACUCCUCCUUCCGGAGCUCCCAACCCGUACUAACUAUUUUUCUGGGGAUGUAUGCACGGAUGGAGAACCUAUAAGGGAUAAAAAGUACAAAUGGUAUGUACCGGUAGAAGUCUACCCAAAUAAAACAUACCCACCAUAUUGCAUUGGCACUGGAUAUGUCUUCUCAGCAGAUCUGGCAAAGAAGAUAUACGAAGUAGCACAAGUUACAACAGUCAUGCCAAUGGAAGAUGUCUUUAUGGGGAUCUGCUUGCAAAAGUUAAACGUCCCACUGACUCAACCUCCAGGGCAUGUUUUUAACAGAUACAAUUACUAUGAUCGCUGUAUAUUCCAUAAACUUGUUGCCAUUCACAUAGGUGGAAAAUAUCAACUUCAAAAAGUGUGGCAAGAUUUUUGGUCUAAGAAGUCACUGGGUUGUAAGAACUGA